AUGGGGGCUGCUAAGUGGUGUGGUGAUGGCCUCUACCUCCUGGCCUCCCAACCCGUGGACAAGUGUCAGUCACAUGAAGGGGCGGAGUCAGCGCUGCAGGAGAUGGAGCGUUACCUAGAUACGGCGGGACAGAACAAACUAACUGAUCCUAGCGCCAUCUACAGUGAUUACAAGACAGUGCUCAACCAGGACUUCAGGAACCAAGUAGAGAAAGUCUUUCAGAAGCAGGUGUCCGUGCAGGAGAUGUUUGAGAAGAGGAUGGUCAGUCUGAAGAAGCUGGCAGCCAAACAGACCAGGCCAGUCCAGCCUGUGGCCCCAAGGCCUGAAGCCUUCAUCAAGUCCCCACUCUCCUCGCCAGCAAAGAGAGUGCUGGAGAAGAGUUGCUCAGAGGGAGACUCUGUGAAUGGGGUCAGCUGUAGAACAGUGGAGGACCAGCUACAGAGCAACAGAAGUACCUCACUGUCAGAGGAGGACGAGAACCUGGCCAUCCUCAGAAAACAUGUAAUGAAUGAGCUGCUGGAGACAGAAAGGGGGUACGUGGAGGAACUGCACUGUGUCCUACAGGGCUAUGCCUCAGAGAUGGACAAUCCAGCCAUGGCCAGCUUCAUGCCCGCUCCUCUGCAGAACAAGAAAGAUGUGCUGUUUGGCAACAUGCCAGAGAUCUACACCUUCCACAAGAGGACCUUUCUGGGGGAGUUAGAAGAGUACCAAGGCUGCCCGGAACUUGUGGGUCGUUGUUUUCUGAAGAGGAUGACAGACCUGCAGAUCUAUGAGAAGUACUGUCAGAAUAAACCUCGCUCCGAGAGCUUGUGGAGACAGUGCUCCGACUGCACAUUCUUCCAGGAAUGUCAGAAGAAGCUGGAACAUAAACUGGGCUUGGAUUCCUAUCUCCUGAAACCGGUCCAGAGGAUUACCAAAUACCAGCUCCUGUUGAAGGAGCUGCUAAAGUACAGUAAGGGCUGUGAGGGGUCAGAGGCCCUGCAGGAGGCGCUCACCUCUAUCCUGGGAAUCUUGAAGGCUGUCAAUGACUCCAUGCACCUCAUUGCUAUCACUGGAUACGAUGGUCACCUGGGUGACCUGGGCCGGCUGCUGAUGCAGGGGUCAUUCAGCGUGUGGACGGAACACAAGAAAGGUCACGCCAAGGUCAAGGACAUGGCCCGCUUCAAGCCUAUGCAGAGACACCUGUUCCUGCACGAGAAAGCCCUGCUCUUCUGUAAGAGACGCGAAGAGAACGGGGAGGGCUAUGAGAAAGCCCCCUCCUACAGCUUCAAACAGUCCCUUAGCAUGAGUGCUGUGGGCAUCACUGAGAAUGCCAAAGGUGACAACAAGAAGUUUGAGGUCUGGUGCAACUCACGAGAGGAGGUGUACAUUGUGCAGGCCCCGACGAAUGAGGUGAAAACGACGUGGGUGAACGAGAUCCGGAAGGUUCUGACAACACAGCUGGAGGCCUACAGAGAAGCCAGCCAACAGAGGUCGUCAGACGGACUGUUCCAGUUCCCUCCUACCGCUGGAGAACCUGUCAGCCUCGGUUCAUUUAGAAGAGAGGAGAGGAGCAUGAAGGUGAAGAAGGAAGAACCCAGCAACCCUGACGCUAACUCCUCCCCAAAAACCAAAGACGAGGCAGUGACCAGUCCUACCUUAGACAGAGCAGCAGUAGCUAAAAAGCGUUUUACCUUGCAGGGCUUCAGCAACUUCAGCAAAGGUUCUGCCACAAGCCCUGACCAUAAAACCAAACGUCAUGAGAUAAAGAGUGAUCCCACUCCGUUCGGCUUCAAAGGAUGGACCAAGGGCUCUCUCUCAUUGGACGCCAACGAGGAGAAUGAUGGGUACUCUAGCACUGAAGAGCCCCUAACCUCAGACCCUGAGGACGAGGGGGGAAAGAAACUGUGUGCAGGGAAGUACACAGUGGUGUCUGAUUAUGAGAAGUGUAGCGCCCAGGAUCUGUCAGUCAAGAGUGGUGAAACGGUUCAGCUGAUCAAGGAGGGAGAAGAUGGCCAGUGGUUUGUGAAGAAUCUGAAGACUAAGCAGGAGGGCUGGUUGGCUGCUGCCAACCUUUACACCCUGAUGGGAGAGUCCACGUCCUGCCAGUCUCUCACCAGCUCAGAGGGCAGUGGCUCAGGGAACCUCAGCACUUCAUCCAGCUGCUGUGAGACCAACACCAGCUCCUCUGACAUCAAGCCCUGA